GAAAUAACAUUAGUCGCUCCGCAUCAUCUGAAAGAAGCAGUGGAGUCCAUCAAAACCACCAAGAAAAUGAAGCUCAUUUCCGUUGUUGUCAUCAUCGUGGCCCUGUCUGGCCUUUCACGGGCCCUCAAGGAUCCAAUUUGUGGACAAAAACCGGCCCAGCAUGGCUACGGAGAUUCGUUCUGCGCAACCGUUUUUCCAAGAUAUAGCUAUUAUCAAAAUUUGAAGGAGUGCCAGAAAUGGUUAUUUAGCUGUGGAAUCACGAACGAGAAUCAUUUCAAAACGAAAGAGGAGUGCGAAGCUAAAUGCAAGGAAUAAAUAAACCUUUGCAUAAAUAAUACAGCAGAAGCCACAAA